CCACACCCUGUAGGAAGUGCUUAGUUUAUAUAUUUUUUAUUCUUGUUGCAACUGCAAAAUAGGAGCAGUUGGUAUUUUUACAAUAAGUAGUAGGAGGACUGUACAGAAACUGGGACACACAGCUGCUCCUCUAGCCAAACACAGCCUGAAGAACUGUUUUAUGCCCCACCUGGGACUUACAUAGAACUAAACUGAUUCCCUCAAGGCCACCAGGAGCUUCCCGGGAAGGCUACAGCUGGACUUGGGCCAGGGAUGACAAAUGCACAUGAUCCAGUCAACUUUCCACCCAACUGCUCCCUUGUCUUCAUUAUCCUGCAGCUCCUGUCCUGCAGCGUCCCUGCAAAAGGGAAAGCUGAUUUCUCCGUCUGUGGGCCUGGCAAAGCCGUUCUGGCUGUGCUGGGGGAGAAUGUGGAGCUACCAUGUCAUCUGUCCCUCAAUAUCAGUGCCAAGGACAUGGAGCUUCGGUGGUACAGGGACCAGCCAUCUCAAGUCGUGCACCUGCACAAGAAUGGCACAGACGUGAAGGAAGAACAGAUGAGGGAGUACCAGGGAAGGACCACCUUCCUGAGUGCUAGGCUGGACCAGGGAAAAGCCACAGUGAAGAUACACAAUGUCACAGUUUUUGAUAACGGGACCUUCCACUGCAACUUCAAAGAUGGCACCGUGUCCGCAGAGGCCAGGCUGUUGCUGACAGUGGCAGGGCUGGGCUUGAAGCCCAGAAUCCAAGUGAGAGCCAUCCAGGGUGAAGGUUUCUGGGCACAGUGCACCUCGGAAGGCUGGUACCCAGAGCCCCAGGUACGAUGGAGAGACUUCAGGGGACAGGCCCUACCUUCUAUGACCCGCCUCUCAGCCUCACCAACAACGGGCCUCUUCGCAGUGGUGUCCAAUGUGACCAUCCAGGACAAGGAGGUGUGGGGCCUCCUCUGCUCCAUCUCCAGCCCCCUCCUCCGGAAGAAGAAGAUGGUCAACCAUCACUUUCCCCCUCCAUUGUCCAGAAGUUUCCCGUCAAUGGCAUGGAGGACAGUGCUGCCUCUGAUCCUAACUAUGGCAGGGCUUAUCACAGUUGGAGCCACCUGUCUCUGCCAGAAAUGUCAGAAAGACAAGAAUUGGGUGUAGCUGGAAGAGGACUUUAUGAAGCAGAGAAGCAGCACUCCCAAGUGAGCCCAUCCCUGGACCCUGACACCGCAAGCCCCGAACUCGCUCUGUCUGAGGAUGGGAAGAGUGUGAGGCGGCUGUUCUUUGACCAGGAGCUGCCAGAUGUCCCCAGCAGAUUUGACCAGGACCCCUGUGUGCUGGCCCGGGAGCAGUUCUCUUCUGGGAGGUAUUAUUGGGAAGUGCAGGUGGGGCACAGGAAGGCCUGGAACGUGGGUGUCUGUCUGGAGAGCUUGGAUCAGAAGGGAAGGAUCCCCAAGGCCCCCCAGCAUGGACUCUGGGCCCUGGAGCUGUACAAGAAGACGUUCUGGGCCCUCGCCUUCCCAAGAGUUCGCCUGCACCCUCCAGAGCCCCUGCAUCAGGUGGGCAUUCUCCUGGACUGUGAUGCUGGCACAGUCUCCUUCUACAAUGUGGACAAUGGAUCCCUCAUCUACACAUUCUCUGAACUCUCCUUCUCAGAGCCCCUGAGGCCAUUCUUCUGCCUCUGGACACAUGACCCCACCCCCCUGAUCAUCUACUCAGAAUGCCAUCCCCCAGAGGCUGUGAGCUCUCCUCAGAGCCAGGUACAGGAGAUCNGAGCCAGGUACAGGAGAUCGUGA